UUCAUCUUCCCGAGAAUUCGACGAGAUCAAAACAAAUCGAAAGUAAACAUGGCUGCAGGAGUCGUAGUAUGGGAAUGGCAAAAUGAAUAUGGAGGCUGGAGACCCUAUUCCCCUCAAAUAACUGCUUAUUUGGAAAACAAUAAAAAUUCUCAAGUUCCAUUACAUCUUGGGAGCGUUGAUCCCAUUUUGUAUUUAUAUCAGGUUGAUGUAAAAAAUCUAAACCAAACUAGGCAGGGAACAGGUACACAGCGCCCUAUACGUCGUACAGUAUUACCCUCCUCUAGUCCACUAGCAAAAGGAAUCACUUGGCAAUGGGAGGGGGAUGCUCUAGGAUCCUGGUGUGAUUUUGACAUUGAGAUUAUCAACUUUCUCGAUGAAUGUUACGUUAAAGGACAAACAUUCAUUGAUUUAUCAAAAUCUAAAUUUGUAUUACCGUAUCAUAUUGAUCUGAGUACAAUGACGCAGAAAAGAAUCGAAACGGGACGUGUAAGAAAUAUACAGCGAACUUUUACGUCAGUGUCAUACCCUGCAGAGUCAGGUGUGCCAUUAAGUACUGGUACAAAAAGGCAAUCUGCUGGUAGUACUGGUAAAAGUAGCGCCUCUGCUAAGAGGUCAAGGUCAUCUACUGUGUCAACUGGAGCAGUCAUUACUACUAACACAUUAUCCACUGUACCGGCAAUGACUGUAAACAACAGUGUCAAUUUAUUACAACAUUCAGUGAAUUCUAAUCCAUUGUCAAUAAAUGCGCAUCUUCCUAAUCCAUUUAGCCACAGUCAUCAAGGCCCUAUAACGCGUAGAAGAUAUAUCCAGUCCCAGUCUACUCUCAGCCAGCAGAACCAGUCCAGCAGUUUGGUGCCGCCUCCAAACCAGUCCAUUCCGGUUACAAUUGCUUCAACUUAUUCCGCAUUACCUCCACAUUCUACAUCAAUACCACAGACUUGUUCCUCUUUUAUGACAUUUUCAAGUUUCCAGACAAGUAUGUUUGGUAGCCAAGGAUCCGGAAAUGUUGGUAUGACACCGAUAUUCGGAGGGAGUCACAUGCCAGGUUUCAACUUUCAUCAACCCAGUACAGGCAGUUCAUCUCAACCAGGUCAUUUUCUUCCUGGGAACUUGAACCCGGCUUUACUAUUUUCUAGUGGCAGACAAGGGAGAGUAAGACCAUCUCCAGGAGCCAGUGGAAGUUCAAUUCAACCCUCCUAUGAUAGAAUACCGAACCUUGCCCCUAAACCUGGCAAAAGAAGCAAUAAAACUACAUCUUCAGGUGAAGAUAUCUUACAUGAUUAUGUUGAAAUACUGAAUUCACCACCAGCGGAUGAUGAUUGCUGUAUAUGUUGUGAGAAGUUGAUCGAGGCGUCGGGGCACGGGACAGGAUCACCCGAGGAUCAUGUGGUUUACAAACUCAGCAAAUGUAGUCACAUGUUCCAUAAACUAUGUGUGACAGCCAUGUAUGAUAGCGGUGCUAAGGAUGGUCAUAUGCAGUGUCCCACAUGUAAGACUAUAUAUGGUGAGAAGAUGGGUAAUUGUCCGCGUGGAGAGAUGGAGUACAAGAUUAUAGAUCAUCAUUUACCGGGCUACGAGGAACAUCGUACCAUACAGAUAAUGUACAGUAUCAACAGCGGUACACAGGGACCUGAGCAUCCAAACCCUGGUAAGAAGUAUUCAACUCGAGGAUUUCCUAGGAUAGGAUAUUUACCUGACUGUGAUAAAGGUAGAAAGGUGCUUCAGUUGUUAAUUAUAGCAUGGAAAAGACGUCUGACAUUUACAAUUGGGCAUUCUACGACUACCGGUGAAGAUAAUACUGUAACUUGGAACGAGAUACAUCAUAAAACUGAACUCGGCUCAAAUUAUUCCGGUCACGGUUAUCCGGACCCAAAAUAUCUUGAUAAUGUUUUAAACGAACUAGCAGUACAUGGAAUCACGGAAAAAGAUUUACCUUCUGGUUGAGAGGUCAUGAAUUCCGAGAUAUUUCAACACUUCCGAGAUUUUAUCCACAUGGAUUUUUGGUGAUAUUAAAUAUUUCACAAUCAAGACUAUGUUACUAGUUACUAUGGUACCAGUAACUUUGAUAAAAGCUUGUGUUUUGUAAAGACAACCUGAGUCUUUCAUGUGAACUUUAGAAUAGAUUUUUGAACAUUUACUUUGGUAAUAUAUUAAAUGUUUUCCAACAUCUGCAUUCUUUUAAUGUUUAAAAUGUCAUAGGACUGUUCACUGAAGUCAAUAUUUCUAUGAGCCCCUGUUAUCUAUUUUAGAGGUCAUGUUGUUUUGAUAUACACAUUAGUUGAUUUUGUUGUUCAUUUUUUGUGAGGUUUGCCACCGAUUAUAGGUGCCGAGUCUAUUUUUCAGAUAAUGAUUUAUUUCAGUUUUCUGUUAUCAAUAUGCAGAUUAAGAAUUGAUAUCCAUGCUUAGGUUAGUUUAUGAUCUGUCAGUAGAUGUUAAUUUUAUAUUUUUAUGUUUAAACUGAUAUACAUAACUAGAUUAUAAGCUAAUUUGUGGUGUAUAUGUCAUUGCGCCGCGUCAUGACAAAACCAACAUAAUGGGUUUGCGACCAGCAUGGAUCCAGACCAGCCUGCGCAUCCGAGCAGUCUGAUCAGGAUCCAUGCUGUUCGCUUACAAACCCUUUUACAAGUAGAGAAACUGAUAGCUAAUAGCAUGGAUCCUGAUCAGACUGCUCGGAUGUGCAGUCUGGAUCCAUGAUGGUCGCAAACGCAUUACGUUGGUUUUCUCGUGACGCGGCUCAAUUAUGUUAAAGAUUUUUUUUUAACAAUAAGGUCCAAGUUAGAACAUCUUUCAAUGUAACCUUUACAUGAGUACUUAGAGUUGAUCACACCUGGAAACUCAAUGUAUAAAACAGUUUAGGCCAUACCCUUGUGUUAAAAAUGUGCGUUUCCUUUGCUUUAAAUUAAAAAUGGCUUAUCAUAAUUUUAUUUACGUAUUUUGUUUACUUUUCUAUCUUUAUUUGAUUAAUACAUUACAGUUUUUAUUUUUUAUUCAAAAUAUACAUAUUUUAGAAAUAUUAAUCAUUAUUAUUAUAAGUUUACCUUUAGAAGAAACAGGUAGAGCUAUAUUUAGUAAUUAUGUCAUUAGCUAUAUUUAGAUAUGAUGUCAACAGCUAUAUUUUGUAAUGAUGUCAGUGCUAAAAAAACAAGUAAGACAGUAGGCCUACAGGAUAAAACAGAUUCGGAUCUUUCCUGAUAAUUCCUAUGAAAAUUAUUUUAAAUAGAAAUGAUGCCCGUAUUGAACAAACAAAACAAUUUGAGCUAGUAAAUAGCACAGACAAACAAAAAAACAAAAACAAAAGAAAAACACAUGAAUCUAACAACUGAUGUGAUUAAAAAUGAUCAAAUUAAAUCAUUAAAAGAUAAUGAUUGUAACAGGCAUAUUUUGGUUGCAAUAGCUUCAGUGUUAGUAUUGUUAAUGUCUACAUUAAAGGGAAUCCACUGAGUUUUUUUUUCACAUGAUGGGACUGAAAAUAUUUUUUCCAGAUAAAUGUACCAUUUGAUGUAGGUUUAGACCACUAAUCUGUGUUUAAUAUUCAUUUUUCCAGAAUAUUUAUUCAAAUUGUAAAAAAUGACCCAAAAUGAAGUGUUUAAACGCUAUUCACUCAAAAUUGGCCACGAAAAGCAUAAAAAUGUGAUUUUCAAUUUAUUUCAAGGUAUAUUAUUUAACAAUCUUUGCAUAUAUUUCUGUUUAAAGUGCCCCAGCUCAUUUAUGUAGGAAAAUAAAAUGUUAUGUUUUUAGGGUUUUAAACCUCAGUGGAGUCCCUUUAAGAAUAUUUGUGAAAAUUGUUCAUUGUUGUUAAAGAUAAAGGACAUCACAUUCAUUAUCAUAUGAUAUAUAGAGGAUAUUAAAUGUGUGUAGGUUCAGUACAGAAUUUAUUCAAAAAGUUGAAUAAAAUUAUAAUAUGCAAGAGUCUAGUGAGCAUAAUAUAAUUUUAUUCAAUGAGUUCAAUAACUUUAAUAAUGAACCUACACAAAUAUAAUAUUUUAUUUAUCACAUGUCCAAAGUAAGAACUGUUUACAGUAAAAAAAAUCAUUUUUUCAUUGACACGUUUAUAGUGUAACGUUAUCAUUUACGUUCAUGCUAUGUUUGUAUAAUGCAAAUGACGUUACAAGACUAUAUAUGCAUAGCCAUACAAUACCAAUGACUAUAUAUGCAUAGCCAUACAAUACCAUUUUUAAGCAAAAGCGGCAGGGGUAUGUGAUAAAACAGUUUAAUAACAUAAAUCCAAGAAAUUGUUAUGAAGUGUGCAUUUGAAAAGUGAGCGAAUUGAAAAUUUGUUGUAAUAAUAUAACAGGGAAUGUGGGAUUCUUUUUAUGACAUGAAUAAAUACAUUGACAUUAAUGGAAAAUAAUUUUGUUUCAAGGUUUAAUGUACACUGUUUGGAUAUAAAGAAAUACAUGUAUAUAAUGGUUACAUGACAUGAGUAAACAUGUGCUGUGUCAUGUGAUCAAUUGGAACUGUUACAGUUGUUCAUAAAAUAGGAUCUUAUCCAGGUAGUAUGUUCAUUAAUAUUACGGAAAAGAAAAUAAAAAAAUACAAGUACAUACUGGGUAUGUUACAAACUUCAUGUGCACAUACUUCAGUAUUGCUUGAAUACUGAUACUUUUUAAAAGACAACACAGCAUUGGAUUUUAAGUGAAAUCCAUGUUUAAAUGUACUAAAAUUAUAGUGUUAUUAAAUGAGCGCCGCAAAGUUGGUAUUGGAUUCAUUUAUGUGAGGCAGCUAUCAAGCUAGCAUUUGGAAGGUUGGUGGGUCUACUCAGACGCCACAUUCCACUCCAGUGCUCAUGCCUGAAACAAUGCAGGAAGUGGCAUCUGAGAUCUUCCACCAAUAAAGCUGAAAAUUGCCCUAUGAUAUUUACAGUGUUCAUGUCAAUUAAAUGAAUGAAUAAAAAAUUAAAUAAAUAAAACGUUUUUUGAAAAAUCACAAGGCUUCAAUCACGACAGUGUAUGUAUAUUUCAAGUAUUGCGGUUGAAAAGUUUAUUGAUAAACAGUGUAUGUAUAUUUCUAGUAUUGCGGUUGAAAAGUUUAUUGAUAAACAGUGUAUGUAUAUUUCUAGUAUUGCGGUUGAAAAUUUUAUCGAUAAACUUUGGGACUAACUUGUAUUUGCAUGUACUUAGAGGUUUUAGGUCAGUUUAUAUAUAAAUAUUCUUUCAGUUUUUACAUUUUAUACAAAAAAUCAUUUUGGUUUUCUUUAGUUGUUAAAAUUUUGGAAUAUUUGAGAUGGUUCUCAUAAAAAUAAACAAAGUAAUACUAUA